UUCUUGUCUGGCACUUAUAGAAGGUUUUUCUGCUGGAGUUUUUUUGUUUACUCAGUAAACAACUCUGCAGGUGUAAAGCACACAUGUAACCUGUAGGUUUCAUAAGUCCGAGUGUUGUUACCACACUGGGACUAGGACUUUUCCAACUUCAACAGGCAUAAAAAUGCAUGGAUACCUAGAGAUAAAAUUAGUUUAUCUUCAUUCAGGUACAGAUGGAAUAGUCUUCUCUUCAUCAGUGGAGCCAGAGGAGGGACAUGUAACAGUGUGUCCUGAUGCCACUAUCACAUUCACCUGCUCAGUCACUCUAGUCUUGGGUAUGGUAUGGUAUGCUCUUCCUCUUCUCAACGAAGACAACUCUCCAAAUCUGACACCAAUGUUUCCUGAUAUUGGAGAUCCUCAUAUGGUGGAGGGUGUGUUGCUAUCACUGUAGUGACCAGGGAACUGAUGAUGAAUGGCUCUCGUGGCAACUAUACCUCCACACUGGAUGUGGUGGUGAAUGAUAAAAUACAAAAUGGAACCAAUGUCACCUGCCGUAUACUAUCUUCAGUGGCCUCUCUCCUCUUUUUUAAACAAGGUUCUCCACUUUCUCCUCAUGUGGACUUCAACGUAGAAAGUCAUUCUGUAGAGACCUUCACAACCUGCCUUACCUGGCAGAGACAGAAGUCUGAUUUGUACUACCUGAUCAACACUAGCUCUGGCAUAGAAUAUAACCAAACAUCCACUGAACUCUGUCUGAGAGCAGAAUAUAAUACUCCUCUACAAGUCUCUGUAGUGGCCGUGAAUUGUGCAGGGGAAAGUGAGCCAGUGACUACAGACAUCACCAUAGCUGGCUGUGGUCCUCCCAGUCCACCAGUGAAUGGCAGUGUUGGUGAGUUGACCAGUUCCAGAGUAGGAGCACAGGUCACCUACUCCUGUGACACCCACCUGGUUCUGGUGGGAGAGACUGUGGCCACAUGCUCUCUCCCUUCUCUAACAUGGCUGCCUAAUGUCACCUGUGUUCAACCACCAGUAUUAACCAGCUCAAGCAUAGUGACCAGCAAAACUCCAGUGGCAACAGUGACACCGACCAUGCAACCAAUGAAUGGUGAUAAAAGAGGGAGUUCUCUGAGCACAGCAGAAGCAGUGGCCACAACAGGAGUAGUGUGUGUAGUGUGUAGCUUCACUGCUGGACUGCUACUUGGUGUUCUACUGACUCAAUGUCAUGGUCACUGUCAUAGGAAGGGGAAGAGAGGCCAGACUGAGAUACCUCCUGUUUAUGAGGACAUUCCCUUGGAGAAGACACCUCCCAUUGAACUCAACACCAAUGAAGCUUAUGGACAUAUCUCAAGAUGAUUGUCAUGUCAUUACUGACUUCACCUUUCACAACAUAAAAGCUCUGCUGUUUACAUAACAAGAAAUUGUUACUGUAGUUUCCUACAAAAACAUUGUCAUGUUAUCCUAGAGUAACAUGCAUAA